UUGAUAAGAAACACCUGUUUCUAUCUUUCUCUGUUGGAUUGUAAACAAUGUGUGUCAGGUGAAAAUAAUGGAAGAGGACAUAACUGCUGCGUUAUAUCACGCCGUGGAUAAUAAUGACUUAAUAAAGCUCAGACACUUAUUACAAGACGGUGCUAAUCCUAAUGAAAGAUACACCGGAACUCCGUACGUUUCUUUCACAAUUCUUCAUUUGAGUUGUGAAAAAGGAAAUUUGCAUACCACUCGAGCACUCGUUGAAGCUGGAGCGGACGUGUUAUCACGUGACACAUGGGGGAUGUCACCUUUGAUCCACAGUAUCAUUUGCCAACAGGAAGAUGUCGUGGAAUAUUUGAUAUCAGAAUGUCCGUCUUCCUUGAAUUUCCCGGAUAAAUCCGGCAAGUCACCACUUCAUUUUGCUAUAGAGUCAGAUAAUGUGGCUAUUUUGAAUUUAUUGAUAAGAUGCAAUGCCGAUAUUAAUAAGGAGACAGUACAAGGUGUGACUCCAUUGAUUUCUGUUUGUCAGAUACCAAAGCUGACAAAAAGAGAGACUAUAGCUAAAAUUCUUAUUAAACAAGGUGCUGUUGUAGAUUCCAAAGAUGCAUUAGAUUACAGAACGGCACUUCAGAUUUCAUUGACAAAGCGGCAUUUGGACGUUGUACCCCUGUUGUUGAGGGCUGGAGCAGAUGUCAAUACGGAAGAUAAAGGUGGCCAUACACCGUUAACUAAUUUAAUUUCGUCAUCGGUUCGUCCCUCCUGUGACGUGAUUGGCGAUGACGUUAUAGAAGUCAUGACACUCUUAAUCCAAAUGGGUGCUAACCUGAAUUCGAAUAAGUGCGAGAACAGUAACCCUCUCUUGGUUUCUACUUUGCUGAAAUCUGCUAAAUUUGUGGAGUAUUUUCUUGCUUGUGGGGCAGAUCCUAACAUUGAGUUCUCGUCUGGUAUUACCCCAUUGAUUGCUGCAACUGGAAACAGAGAUCAGAAUACGGUACGACUGCUGUUGGAACACAACGCUAAAGUUGACCCUCCGGCCUUGGUUUCCUACGGGAGACGAGAGAGGCGUCUAUAUGACCCCUUUGAAUUAGCUGUUGAUCUCUUACAGUGGGAUAUUGUGGAUUUACUGGUACAAUAUGGAUAUAAUCUCUCUCAGCAUGAUUACAUGCUAAGUAUGACUCCGUCCGACAGAACACCCGUGGCCCUCCUCAAUAAUCCUGAUACACAUGACCGUUUACGGAGAAUUGCAUGUUCUCCGCCUUCAUUGGAGAAAAUCGUCAUUUUAAAUGUGAGAAAGAUUCUUGGUUUAAAUCUUCUGCAAAAAGUUCAAAAGCUAGUGUUACCUUAUGAUGUGAGAAAUAAACUUGUGAACCUUUAGAGCA